AUGGCACCCUCAACACCGAGUACCUACAAAGCCACAACCCAAAGCAUUGAAGCUGAGAAGCGAUGGACACAACGACUAAACCUCUUCUUAAGCCCCUUCUGGGUAAUCACAGUCGCAUUCGCUAUGUUGAGCGGAAUAAUGCACCAAUGGAACGACAUUGAUUACUUCCUCUUCUCAAUAGCAGUCGCCACACCACCCAUACUAUUCCCAGCGCUCUUAUCUAAAAAGAUCGGUCGUCCAUGGUAUCGCAGAUACUGGUUCAAGCUGAACGUCUGGGUAGCGACAAUCGUCUGCUUGGGAACCUACUUUACAUCGCACUACUUCUUUGAUCUCAUGGGAAUGAGAUACAAGUUCCCUUGCAAGUGGAACUUUAGCUCUGAUGUUGUUGGAAGAACCGGGGGUCAAGUUCCCGUGUUUCUGUAUCCUCUUACGCACGCGUACUUUAUGACCUACUAUACAGUCCUUAUGGUCGUAGAGAAGGAAGUUGCUCAGAGGUUACGACCUAGACGUUUUGGGAGGGCUGUUGUGAUAGUGGCUCUUUCGUAUGGCAUUGCCCUUGGAGAAACGUUCUUCAUGGCGAGUCCCCUGCUUUCAGAGUGGUUCUACUAUGAGAAGAGAGAUCGCAUGAUGACAGUUGGAUCUGUGGGAUAUAUGGCAUUCUUCAUUACAGGGCUACCUAUGGUUCAGCGUAUCGAUGGGAAAGGUGAAGAUUGGCCUUUGAGUCGAGUUGUCAUUGAGGCUCUUGGGACUUUCAUGUCAAUUCUGGUAUUAUUUGAGGUCUGGGCAAAGGUGGUUGGUCCUUUGUGA